GGUAAAAAUUACAUCACAUGGAUGGGAUGGAAACCAAGAGUGACUAUUAUGGACCCUGAGCUCAUUAAAGAUGUAUUUGUAAAAUUAAAUGACUUUAAAAAACCGAGAUCUAAUCCAAUGGCUAGGUUAAUAGCAACGGGAUUAGUGACAUACGAAGGCGAUCAGUGGGCUAAACAUAGGAAACUAAUCAAUCCAGCUUUCCAUAUGGAGAAGCUAAAGAAUAUGGUACCAGCUUUCCAGUUAAGUGGUGGUGAAAUGCUUGGAAAAUGGGAGAAGUUGGUUUCAUCAAAGGGGUCAUGUGAGAUCGAUAUUUGGCCUGACCUUCAAGCUUUAACGAGUGACGUUAUAUCAAGAACCGCAUUUGGGAGUAAUUAUGAAGAAGGAAUUAAGAUAUUUGAGCUCAUAAGAGAACAAGGUGUACUUACAAUGGAGGCACUACAAUCACUUUACAUCCCCGGAUCUAGGUUUUUUCCAACAAGGAGGAACAUACAGAUGAAUGUUAUUGAUAUAAAAGUAAAACAUUCUAUAAGAGGUAUCAUUAACAACAAGCUCAAGGCGAUGAAGGCUGGAGAAGGUAACAAUGGUGAUUUGUUAGGAAUAAUGCUUGAAUCUAAUAUUAAAGAGGUUGAGCAACACCAAAACAAGAAUCAUGGAAUGACUAUUGAUGAAGUUAUUGAAGAGUGUAAGCUUUUUUACUUUGCUGGACAAGAGACAACGUCAAGCUUGCUUGUAUGGACGAUGAUCUUAUUAAGUAAGCAUCAAGAAUGGCAGUCGCGUGCUAGAGAAGAGGUUUUAAAUGUCUUCGGGGACAAAAAUAUGGAUUUAGAUGGGCUAAAUCACCUCAAAGUUGUAAAUAUGAUUUUCCAUGAAGUACUGAGGCUAUACCCUCCUGUUGUUGGACUAGCCCGUAGAGUUGACAAAGAGAUCACAUUGGGAGGAUUUUCGCUACCAUCUGGGAUUCUGAUCGGAUUACCCAUCAUGCUAAUUCACUAUGAUGAGGAAUGUUGGGGUAGUGAUGCCAAGAAAUUUAAUCCAGAUAGGUUUUCUGAAGGAAUCUCAAAGGCAACAAAAAAUCAAGUCAUUUUCCUUCCCUUUGGUUGGGGACCUAGAAUCUGUGUUGGACAAAACUUUGCAUUGUUGGAAGCUAAAAUUGCCCUCGCAAUGAUCUUACAAAAGUUCUCUUUCGAACUUUCACCAUCCUAUGUCCAUGCUCCUCAUACUGUUCUCACCCUUCAACCCCAACAUGGCGCUCAUUUGAUUAUGCAUAAACUUUAACAAUAGAAGAUUGUGAUUUUGAGUUCAAUACUAUUCGCCUAUGUAUUAUUACACCCUAAUAUUGUAUGAAAGAGAUAUAUGCAACAU